CUCAUCAAGUGCGGUUGUCAGUUUGACGUGCAUUCAAAUCAUCGCGAUCUUGCCCUCGUGUUUUCUCCUAUACCUUCAUCCUCUCGGAUCUAGACCUCAGUUCUGCUUUGUGACUCAAGAGUCUUCAUCUUAUCGUCCUCCAUUAUCUUGUUCCUGACGCUGUUGUGAACCAAGCAACAAGACGAGUCAUCAUGGCGACCCAUCACUACCAGUCUCCUUCUCUUCCCAUCAAUGUUCCCUCUAAAGCUCCUGCUCCUGCCAGCCUCUAUCCCAUCACCAGAGUCGCUGGGUCUCCUCCAGAUAUCUCCGACACCAGCACUACUGCAGGAAGCCGCACCUCUGCAGGUUUCAGCUACAGCUCUGGCAGCAUUGGUGGCGAUUAUGAAUCGAGCUCUGCCUCGUAUUCUGGUGUGGAUGUUGUCGACGUUCUCAACGACCGUAUGCAGGACGUCUUCGACCCCACACCUUUGGACAGGGGAUUGGCAGUACAGGCACAAACUUCCGGCCAACUGAAUGCCAAACAGCGAGAGCUUUUGGAAUUGCAAGCCCUGGCGCAACGUCGUCUAAAAGGAGUCCGGGCCACUUUCAACGACGGCAUCAAAGUUGCUCGCGAGACCAAGCGUGACUUGGAAUGGACCCAGAAGCGUGUGAAUGCUCUCAAGGCGAAGGCCGAGAAUAACUUUCCCGAUGAGUAUAGACGGGCGACCAAGAAGUACACUCUUGACGACAACUGAUCCCAAGAUAAAGGCCCAUAUUGGCCCAUUGGUCCGGUUUCACAUCGGUCCAGAUUUUCGGAGGCAUACCUCUAUUUGGCAACGACGAUAAUGGUUUUGUAUAGGGUAAAAUUGGUUUUCUGGGUUCGCAUCCGGCGUGAGGUUUUGAUAGGCGACUUGAUCUUUUUGCGGUAUCUCGCGACUGAAGGGAUUUUGGGAUGGUACAUGUCUUUGCUUUUUCCUCGGGCGCCGUCUUCUUGGGUGAACGCGUCACUCUACCAUAGUAUGCUGAAUCUGGCGG